UGCAUUGAGCCCGCACUGAAAUGUUAGUAGCAGUUUAGGAAUAGGUUGGCCUCUUUUGCUUCAUUUUAAGAAAGCUGCAGAAACCAUCUUUUUUUUUUUUUCUGCAAAAAGGUUCAGAGUGAUUCUGAUACAAGGUUUUAUCUCGGUUUUAAUUAAUCACUAGUUUUCAGGUAACAACUUUUUUAUAUGUUAAAUUGAGGAAAUUCAGUUCUCAGUUUAAUAUUAGCAAAAAAAAAAAAGAAAGAAAAAGGUCAGGUACGAUUCAUAGAUCUGCCUGAUGAGCCACAAUGGGUUUGGUGUUAUGUAUAAAACAACAAAAGUUAUCAUACAUUAUCAUCAUACUGAUGUUGUAGCCACCUAUAAUCUGGCACCACAUCAGUAGAGGAUUAGCUCAAACAGUCCUUUGAUUUCAUCUUCUCUUGGAAUUUUUUGUUACUUUCCUUGUACAAUCAUUUGGGAAGGGUUCCCUAGGAGUGUUAGUAAUCAAUGAGAGUUUAUAUGCAUUGGAAUUACGGAUAUAUAAUUGUGUUAAGAUUUAUGUAAGCUGUGGAAAUAUAUAUUACACCUGUACUUAUGUAGAUGGAUUUUUCAGAUGUUACAGACAACACAAAAAUGCCAGGGGAAAACCAUGAGAGACCUUCUACAAAUCCCACCCCACCAUCUAACAGCGUAUUCCAACACACAGCAGGCAAGCCACCAGAGCCUGGCGGACAAAGGCUCGGGCCCGGCCCAACCACAUUUUCAACACAGAUCCCACAGCCUGUCAGUGGUGGUCUCAAUUUUCAAUCUCCAACAGAUGCCAAACCGCUCAGCCCUGGUUGGAGCGCUGCGAUAGCAGCGGCACAAGGAGCUGCCAAUAUGACGCGUAAACGACAAAACAGAAAGCAACAAAAUCAAAAUGUCCGCCCUGUGCGGGCACUAUGUUGUCUCAGCCUUACAAAUCCAAUACGCAAACUGUGUAUACGGGUAGUGGAAUGGAAGCCUUUUGAGUUCCUGAUUCUAGUGACUAUAUUUGCCAACUGUAUAGCCCUGGCGGUUUACACACCAUAUCCUAAGUCAGACACCAACGAAAUCAACAAGGCGCUUGAGCACAUAGAGUAUAUAUUUCUUGUGAUAUUCACGGUGGAGUGUGGUAUGAAGAUUAUAGCCUAUGGUUUUAUACUUCAUUCUGGUGCUUACCUCCGCAAUGGCUGGAACAUUCUAGAUUUUAUCAUUGUAGUUAUAGGGUUAAUUAGUACAAUUUUAUCGUCUACAUUGGAAGAUGAUGUAUUUGAUGUUAAAGCCCUUCGAGCGUUUAGGGUGUUGCGGCCCUUACGGCUUGUCUCUAGGGCACCAAGUUUACAAGUUGUACUCAACUCGAUAUUGCGUGCAAUGGUGCCUUUAUUACACAUUGCCCUUCUUGUCAUAUUUGUUAUCAUCAUCUAUGCUAUAAUCGGUCUAGAACUCUUCUCAGGGAAACUACACAACACAUGCUUUCUCAAUGGAACUGAUACAUACGCUGGUGAUUCGCAGUGGCCCUGUUCAAAUACAUCAGGAAAGGGUUAUCAGUGUGAUGCGUCGCAAGGACAUAUUUGCAAAUCGGGCUGGGAGGGUCCAAAUGAUGGAAUCUCAAACUUUGAUAACUUUGGACUUGCUAUGUUAACAGUGUUCCAGUGUAUCACAAUGGAGGGGUGGACUGAUGUUUUAUAUAGUAUAAACGAUGCAAUGGGCAAUGAGUGGCCUUGGAUAUACUUUGCCAGUCUUAUCAUCAUAGGAUCCUUCUUUGUUCUCAAUCUUGUUCUUGGUGUCCUCAGUGGAGAAUUUUCUAAAGAAAGAGAAAAAGCCAAAGCCCGAGGAGACUUUCAAAAGUUACGAGAAAAACAGCAACUUGAAGAAGAUAUCCGAGGGUAUCUCGAUUGGAUCACUCAAGCAGAGGUGAUGGACCCAGAUAAUGAAGAGGGCGAAGAUGCUGAUAAAAGUAGACAUGCCAAGGUUACAAGUGAGACCGAUUCUUCGGAUAAAACAGAAGAUGGCAUUGAUGUUGAUGAAGUACAACAAACUUGGUGGCACAGAAAAAGUUGGAGAUUACGAAAAUUAAAUCGUCGUUGUAGAAGAGCCUGUAGAAAAUUUGUAAAAAGCACACCAUUUUAUUGGACAGUUAUUGUAAUGGUGUUUCUAAAUACAUGUGUCUUAACCUCAGAGCAUUAUAGACAACCUGAUUGGUUGGAUGAAUUUCAAGAAUGGGCGAACAUAUUUUUUGUGAUCUUAUUCACUUUGGAGAUGUUGUUAAAGAUGUACAGUCUAGGAUUUCAAGGCUAUUUUGUUUCCCUGUUUAAUCGCUUUGACAGUUUUGUUGUGCUAUGCAGUAUUAUUGAAGUGAUAUUAAUUCGGACAGAUUUGAUGCCACCAUUAGGUGUUAGUGUGCUAAGGUGUGCUCGCUUGUUACGUGUCUUUAAAGCAACAAGGUAUUGGUCAUCUCUACGUAACCUUGUGGCAUCUCUACUCAACAGUAUGCGUUCUAUUGCCAGUUUAUUGUUACUUCUCUUCUUGUUUAUUGUGAUCUUUGCCUUGCUCGGCAUGCAGUUGUUUGGCGGGAAGUUUAACUUUGCAGACGGCAAGCCUCGCAGCAACUUUGAUACCUUCUACCAGUCAUUGCUCACUGUCUUCCAGAUCCUGACUGGUGAAGACUGGAAUGCUGCAAUGUAUGAUGGGAUAAAAGCUUUUGGUGGAGUCUCACAGAUCGGCGCAGUAGUCUGGGUGUAUUUUGUUGUUCUGUUUAUCUGUGGUAACUAUAUUCUCCUGAAUGUGUUCUUGGCUAUUGCCGUGGACAAUCUGGCUGAUGCUCAAAGUUUAACGGAAAUUGAAGCAGAAAAGGCGGAAGAAAGGGAGAGAACUAGGUCUAUACGUCGCUCGAAAAGUAAAUCACCAGAGAAAGGCGAUGAGCAGGGAGAGGAAGAUGAAGGUGUGGGUAUGAACGGGGAUGAAAAGGGAGAUGAUGCUGAAUACAGCGGAGAGCUCAGCCGUCAUCCAAGCAACAGAAGCUCAAGAAGUCAUCAUGAGCCGAUGGGAGAGCACCAUGUCCGUAUCAAUGCCAGGUAUGAUGAUGAUGAUGAAGAUGAGGGAAUGUAUAGGCACAGUCAGCAUAUACCCAUUGAAGAGGAUGAGUACCAGUCUGAGGAAGAUGAAGAAGAAGAAGGGGAAGAGUUUGAGGAGGAUGAUGACUCUCAGACUGUGUCCACUGCUAGACCAAGACGAAUGUCAGAGAUUCGAAUUACCAAUAAAGUCAAACCUAUACCACCUUUUAGCUCACUCUUUGUCUUUUCUCCAACUAACAGGUUCCGCAAGAUAUGUCAUUCUGUAUGUAACCACCCGUACUUCGGCAACAUAGUGCUUGGAUGUAUUUUAAUCAGUAGUGGAAUGUUGGCAGCUGAGGAUCCUCUCAACAGUAAAUCAGAUAGAAAUAAAAUCCUGAACUACUUUGAUUAUAUAUUUACCAGCGUGUUCACAGUAGAAAUCAUUGUCAAACUUAUUACAUAUGGAUUGGUGCUACAUAAAGGUUCAUUUUGUCGUAGUUUCUUCAAUAUUCUCGAUCUGAUCGUCGUCGGCGUCUCCCUCGUCUCUUUUGUACUAGAAUUGGGAGGUGCUAAUUUCAAUGAAGCUAUCUCCGUAGUGAAGAUUCUUAGGGUGCUCCGUGUGCUUAGACCACUUAGGGCCAUUAACAGAGCUAAAGGGCUAAAGCAUGUGGUUCAGUGUGUGAUUGUGGCUAUACGAACCAUCUACAACAUAAUGUUGGUCAUGUUCUUGCUGCAAUUCAUGUUUGCUGUAAUUGGCGUACAGCUGUUCAAGGGUACCUUCUGGAGUUGUACAGAUACAUCAAAACGUUCAGUAGACGAAUGCAAAGGAAACUAUGUAGAUUACCAGGAUGGAGACAUCGACCAUCCAGUUCUUUUAGAGAGAAAAUGGGAGAAUAAUCCACUCAACUUUGACGAUGUCUCACAGGCCAUGAUGACCUUAUUUACUGUCUCAACAUUUGAAGGAUGGCCAUUGUUGCUUUACAUAUCCAUAGAUUCAAACGAGGAGAGUAAAGGCCCCAUUUACAAUGCUAGACCACCCGUUGCUGUCUUCUAUUUCAUUUUCAUAAUUGUCAUUGCUUUCUUCAUGGUGAACAUCUUCGUAGGUUUCGUUAUUGUCACCUUCCAAAAUGAAGGAGAGCAAGAAUACAAAAAUUGUGAACUGGACAAAAAUCAAAGAAAAUGUAUAGAGUUUGCAUUAAAAGCUAGGCCAGUUCGGAGAUAUAUUCCAAAGGCAAGAUGGCAGUACAAGAUUUGGUGGUUUGUGACCUCGCAGGCAUUUGAAUAUGGCAUUUUUGCCCUUAUUAUGGUCAACACAAUUGCACUGGCAAUGAAGUUUUAUGGGCAGUCCAACACUUACUCGGAAGCUCUAGAUUACAUGAACAUGUUCUUUACUGGUGUGUUCACAGUGGAAUUUGUUCUCAAACUGACAGCAUUUAGGUUUAAGAAUUAUUUUGGUGAUCCAUGGAACGUGUUUGAUUUCAUCAUUGUAUUGGGAAGCUUUAUUGAUAUCAUCUAUACUGAGGUCAAUACUGGUACCCAGAUUAUAAGUAUAAACUUCUUCCGAUUGUUCCGCGCAAUGAGAUUUGUCAAGUUGCUGAGUCGUGGGGAAGGUAUACGAACCCUGCUCUGGACAUUCAUAAAAUCGUUCCAGGCCCUGCCAUAUGUAGCAUUGCUGAUUGUUAUGCUGUUCUUCAUCUAUGCAGUAAUUGGCAUGCAGGUUUUUGGUCGUAUCGCAAUUGAUGAUGACACUGCCAUACAUCGCAACAAUAACUUCCAGUCGUUUCCGCAGGCUUUGCUUGUGUUGUUUAGAUCGGCCACAGGUGAGGCGUGGCAACAAAUUAUGUUAGCGUGUAUAUAUGAUAAAGAGAAUGUGAAGUGUGAUCCUAAGGCCGAGAACCGAGACCAAGACUCUUGUGGCAACAACUUUGCCUUCAUCUACUUCAUAACAUUCUAUAUUCUUUGCUCAUUCUUGAUCAUCAAUCUGUUUGUUGCUGUUAUCAUGGACAACUUUGACUACCUGACUCGUGAUUGGUCAAUUCUGGGGCCGCACCAUCUUGAUGAGUUUGUACGACUUUGGUCGGAAUAUGAUCCCGAGGCAAAGGGUAGAAUCAAACAUCUGGAUGUAGUUACUUUACUAAGGAAGAUAUCACCACCUCUAGGUUUUGGUAAACUGUGUCCACAUCGUAUAGCCUGUAAGAGAUUAGUUAGUAUGAACAUGCCUCUGAACAGUGACGGAACUGUGAUGUUUAAUGCAACACUGUUUGCCCUCGUACGUACGUCUUUAAAGAUAAAGGUCGAGGGCAAUAUAGACCAGGCAAAUGCUGAACUAAGGGAGGUAAUACUGAAAAUAUGGAAAAGAACCAGUCCAAAACUGCUUGAUCAAGUUGUUCCUCCUGCAGGAGAUGACGAUGUGACUGUAGGUAAAUUCUAUGCAACGUUCCUGAUCCAGGAUUAUUUCCGUCGCUUCAAGAAGAGGAAGGAACAGAUGCAGAAAAUACAAAAGGGUCAAGAACAUACAAAUGCUCUCCAGGCUGGAUUGCGAGCAGUACAUGACUUGGGCCCUGAGAUACGUCGUGCUAUCUCUGGUAACCUUGGUGAAGAGGAAUUCCCUGACAAAGAUGUUGAAGAGCCCAUGCACAGGAGGAACCACAGUUUGUUUGGAAGCGUGAUGAAUGCUUUGACAGGAACUGUGAAAACAGGUCUACCAUUUACGACCAGGACACAGUCAUUAUUCAUCAAUCAUUCACAAAACCCACCAAAAGUUUCACCUACAAAUUCAUUCCAUGGUCCACAUACCAACCCAUCCCCGAGAAAUUCCAUUUCCGGUAAACUAUCUCCAUCGGAAUCCAGCAAUCAUAUAGGAGAGAACCGUCUUAACGUAGAUUUAAAUAAUGCUAUAAAUAGAUCACAGUCACCAUUAGCCAAUCCAAUUCUUCCACCAGCACAACCAGCUUUAGAAGACAACAUUUCUCGACGAUCAAGUCGGGCAACUAGCAGUGAAGGAUCAUUCCAUGACGUUGAGGAGGGAAGUCAGAUCAGUGUGAAUUCUGAGACGUCCCAGGACCAGUGGGCACACAGAAAUUCUAUCGUUUACCCACCAAACCAUACCAAUAAUAUACAAGACUUGAAAAAGCAACCCAUAUAUGUAUACAGAGAUUUACCACAAGAAGACAGCGACUAUGAAAGAGAGCAUGCCCCACCCACACCCCCUCCAAGAAAAUUGUCACGCAAAGGUGUGGCAUACCGUCUUGGGUGUAUAGGCAAGCAGGGCAGUGAUGAAAAUCCACUGAUGCGAAAAGUUGGCGAGCCCCUUAAAUUGACCCAGUCGCAGGUAAAUAAUGCAAUGGCUGUGGCUGGGUUAACACCAGAGGGUCGUCAGAGAGAGAUGGACUACCCAAAUGUACAGCGCACACCAAUGUCGUCCCCAAACAGAGUCAGAUCUUCAUACACCCAGCCAGUACACCCAUUUCUCCGUUUCAACCGUUCCAAAUCAAUCAUUGAAGGUGAAGAUGUAGCAGCGGACUUCCGGUCUCAUCAGCGACACAGCGAUACUGUGUUACCUGUGGACGGAAUAUCUCAUAGAGAGAGAGGACCACUAUGUCUACCCACAGAGAGACUGCAAGAUCAGCAUGGGGCAGGCAGUGCCGAAAGUCUAGUGGAACAGGUGAUACAUAGUGAAGGUUUAGGCCAUUUAGUAAAUGUUCAAGCAUUGAAACGUGAGAUAGCAGAGGCAGGGGACAUGACCCCAGAACAGUUAGAGCUUGCUGCAAGACGGCUACUCCAGGAGCACCGGUCUGGCAGCUUACAGGGACCUUACUAUGAACACUUGGGCGGAUAUCGCGCCCACGAAAUGAAAGACUAUAACCAGUAUUCUGCUCAGGAUGACGUGCGACAUCGGCACGGUUAUCACGGAGACGUCGAUCAGAGAGACAAUUCAAAAAUGGCCCACCGUAAGAGUGCACCAGCUUAUCACCAAGGUAACGUGUGAGAAAUAUGAUGUAAACCCUGUUAACCAUUCCACGUAAUUUGACUGGCACACAGUCUUGUUGUUGAAGAACCUGGUACGGAGUAGAUAACCUCAUAUAAAAAAAAGCUCGGUCGUGGAGUCACUGCUGAGGAGACAGUUAUCUAGUGUAUCCUUGUUUGUAACAUACACAGAAUGUUCCUCAUACAUGACUGUAAGCAGGCGAGAGGAUAUUGGAGCCACUGGUGGUAAUAUUGUGAUAGUAUAUACCUAUAUAUGGAAGUAAUUUAUUUGUAUACAUGUAAGAAGUAGGAAAUGAUAGCAUUAUAAUAUGAUGUAACCAAACAUUUUUCAUCAAGAAAAACAAAAAGAGCAGACAUCAAACGUAGUUUACACAAAAUUGUGAUUUGUUAGAGGACUUUUGUUGAAUCCAUUCCUCUUGUACAAAGUAUACACAUCUCUGCCCUCGUAAUUUACCAUAAGUCAUUGUACGUGUUUGACCUACUUUCCCAGAUGCAUUGAAAUGAGUGCUUUAACGAUCAUAAAUGCUUAUAAAGCAAAAAGAAUUUGUUUUCAUGCACGGUUUUGAGCAAAGUUAUUGUGUACAUGUACAUGUAUUUUACUGAUUUUCUCAUAUGUACGAAGAAUUGACUAUAUUUUGGUGGACCUCUUACCUGUAUUUGUAGAUAUGAAGAAAAGAGAAAAUUUAGUAAUCAUAUACAUAUGUACUUACGUCUCAUUAAACAAUGCCAAUUUUCAAAUAAUGAUAAAAAUAGUCCAGUAUAUGCUUGGAAUUUGAAAGCAGUUCAAAUUAACCAAGUUUAUCUAGUAACUUUACAUCUGUCUUCAUUUGAAACUAAAAUAGGGAUGAUGUUUUGUUUUGUUUAGAAAUUUCUAUAAUUUUGGGGGAAAAGUCCUUAAUUUUGGGGAAGGGUAACUGAUGGUCUGUGAUCAUUUGAAAUGAUUUUCGUAAACUUAUGUUUUCACUGAUUGAGAAGUAACAAUUCAUAAAUUUGCAGCAUUUAAUUAUCAGUCGAAUUACAUGUAUAUUAUUUCAAAUUUUGAAUUAUAGAUUGUAGAACAGUAUAUUUUUCUUUCAUGAAUAGUUGCUGUAAGUAGAAAUAAAAUGGAUCUUUGAUUUUAAUUACUUAGAAUAGAGUAAGACAGCACUGUUUUGUUUUGCACAGUUUAUAAAAAUAAUGGUGUGUUUUCAGUUUAAGCCUGCUUAAAGCAGCAAAAGUAUUUUGUUGAAACACUGUUCUGUUAUUUUAAAAGUUUUGGUGUUCAAAAUGUCCUCAUGAGUGACUGUUGUUAUUUAUUUAUGCGCAUUCAUUACAUUGAUCAUUUUCCAUGCAUAUUCAUUAUACAUUACUGAUGCCUUUAGGUAAAGUGGUAAAUAUGUAGUAUAAAAAAGACAUUUAAUGAUUAGGUACAUAUGUGUCAACUAAGAUAUUAGUUAUUUCAAGAUUUACAUGCAACUGUCUGCUUUAGUCAAAACAACAUGAUCCCAGAAGGUUUUUAAAGUUCUGUCAGUCUUUUUCCCAUUGCUUAGGAUUAUAUGUUUGAUUUAUUAAAGGUGGCCUAAGAUGAAAAAUAAAACUGGAAAUCAAGUUGCUACUGUAACAUACUCUUGGUUGGAAAAUAUGAAAAUAGGAUAGUUGCCUUAGUAAUGGAAUAGUCGUGGCAUUUUUGGGAGAAAUUUCUGACAUUGCUUUUAAGCAUUAGCAACAAAUAUUUAAUAUCAGCAUUUUCCAUGGCAGUAAAUAUAUGACAACUGUUUUCAUGGCAACAAAUAUGUGACUUCAUUACUUCUGUGACAACAAAUGUAUGACAUCACUGUUUUCAAUGGCAAUAUAUUAUGACAUCACUUAUUCCAUUGAAACAUAUAUGACAUCACAUAUUUCCAUGGCAACACAUAAUUAUAUCAUUAUUGUUCUCAUUGUUACAGAUAUUUGAAUGUUUUAUACCAUUUUUACCCAUAUAGUGAUAUAUUAUAUUGUAUUAAAGUUUAUUUGUAUAGAUGGGUUGAUAUUUAUUUUACCAAGCUUCUUUCUACAAAUUUUAGAAAUUUCUGAGAUUUCUAGUGGUACAUAUUUUAUUGUUUACUAUUUAUGAAAUUUAUAGAAAGUUUUGAACUCAUUCUGCCUUUUGUGGUAUGUAUUUCUAUAUGAUGUCCAACAAACCCUCGUAUUCUAAAGCACAUUUUAAGGGCUAAUCUUUAUUGAUAAAUUGGGACAGAAAUAAAAUGUUACAUAAACACUAAAUUUUUGGCACACGUUAUUAGUUAUUUAUAUAUUCUGUACAUCAACAUUUUCAUGAUUGAAUAUUUAAACUAUGAAAAAUAGCACAGAACAUAAUGAAAUGUGGAAAACAAGGCUUGAUAUAAUUUAUAAAUAAAAUUUGAUAAAUGAAAUGGGGCAUUUGAGAAAUGCGUAUCACAUAAGAUUCUUUACACAAUGUGAAAUGGUUUUCAGUAUGAACUGAAUUUUCACUGAUUUUUUCUUUUUUUUUUCUUUUUUUUUGUGAUAUAUAAACACACCUAGCAUUAGAAAACUUCACAUUAUAAAAUAUUUAUGUAGGAAUUGUUUUUGAAAGUGUUUUAUGCUGAGUAGAGCAUAGAUAGAAUCUCAGUAGAUAUUAACCCUUAGCCUGCUGGCGGCAAGUGAUUCUGCCUUUGUGACCAGUGCAGACCAAGAUCAGUCUGCACAUCUGUGCAGUCUGAUCAUGAUAUGCACAUUUCACUAUUCAGUCAGUAUCUUUUUGGUAAGCACCCCUUUUAACAGUUAAUGGUACUGUCCAAAUUGAAAGAUGGACAAGUUCAUUAUAGAAAUUUAGCAGGGUAAGGGUUAAAGCCAAUGAUCUCAGAAUGUUACAAAUUAUCACAUGAAAACUGCUAUAACUUUUGUAUAAUUAUUACUACAAUGUAACAGGAAUGGUGGUAUAGAGUAUUAUUUUUUGCUUUUCGAUGAAAGACCGGGAAUUAUCAGUGAGAUAUAAUCCAUUUCAGUCACUGUAAGUGAUAUAGCAUUGCCAGUCUACUUGUAAAUUGUGUAUUAGUUUAUAUCUUAUUUGCUUACAACAGGAGUCAGACUUGGUUCUUUAUUGUAUAUUUCUGAAAUUUUACAAGGAUGUGCUGGAAAAAUAAAUGAAAUGGAACAUAAUGUUGUGUGCAUAUUUGAAAUGUCACAAGACAGCUGACAUAAUUUUUGUUUCAGCACAUCUGUUUCCAAAGCUGCAAUUAAAAUUUCUUGAGAAAUGCAUAUUUGAAUGUAAGUUAGCAUAAGAUAAAAAAAAAUCUGUAUACCAUUUCUGUUAUCAAGUAGUAGAAGAAAAAUGCAACAUAUGAGAUGAAUUGCCGGAGUUGCAUUUUUUUCAUAAAUAACUUGAGAUGUUUUUACGAUAAUAUGAGCCGCACCAUGAGAAAACCAACAUAGUGGCUUUGCGACCAGCAUGGAUCCAGACCAGCCUGCGCAUCUGCACAGUCUGGUCAGGAUCCAUGCUGUUCGCUUUCAAAGCCUAUUGCAAUCAGAGAAACCGUUAGCGAACAGCAUGGAUCCUGACCAGACUGCGCGGAUUGGUGCGCAGGCUGGUCUGGAUCCAUGCUGGUCGCAAAUGCACUAUGUUGGUUUUCUCAUGGCGCAGCUCAUAUGUUAUCUUCAAUGGUCAGAUUGAAAGUGAAUUUGAACAUAACUUUUACAUGUGUAAAUUUGUUUCUGAAACAUACCAAAUAGAAAUUGUAAAAUAAUUUUAAGAGAACUGAAUUGAUUAUUGCUUUUGAUAGUUUUACCCCUAUAAAUGUGAUUAUUGAAAGGUUGUGCUCGUAUUUUAAGCUUUAAGGCAGUUUUUCAGAUCUGGUGGAAGAUGCAUAUUUCUUCUUCUUUUUUUUAUCAGUAAUUUUUAAGAACCUGCAGUUUCUGACAUAAUUUUACAGAAGAAAUCUCAUCAGUUACAUAACUUUUUCAUAUUGAUAAUUCCCUCGUGUUACUAUUUCGACAUCGUUUGAGAGAAUUUUACACUGCUUUUUGUACAAAUUGUUAUUUUGAAUAGAAAAUGUUUUCAUCUAUGGGUGUUCUAAUAGCAGUUUCUGACAGAAUUGAAAAUCUACCUUUAAAGCCCAUGGUUUCUUGGAUAUGAAUGCUGUUCUUGUUCUGGAAUUUGCAAAAUGCUCAAGAUUUUACUUUAGAUUUUUGCUGUCAGUUGAUGUUCGACAAAAUGCAUGUUAUUACAUAUACACCUGAAAAUAAAAAAGUUGGUAAUUGAUUUAAUACAAAUACUUCAGUUUGUUGUGCUUUCAUUUUUGAAACAAUGUAAAUACUUGUUUUCAUUUUAUAAAGUUUUACUUUUUAAGUCUAUUUCUGUGUUGUGAUAAAGAGUUAAAACUAACUUACACAUAGAGCCAACAAAACUAAAAGGAUUUCUCCCCAAAGGAGAGAAUAUUAAAGGGAGGUAAUCAUGAUGUGACUUGACAAUAUUUUUAGUAAUGACACAUGGCAUAAGAAGUUAACAUUCUUGUAUGAAUGUUCAUAAAAAAGGUAAUUUUAGAAUUUAUGCUUUGGUACAAGUUUUCCUUCUGUCGUUAUGAUUUGGUAAAUGGAAAUGAUUUAUGGAGAGAAAGAUUUCAUUUUCAUUUACAAUUCCAAAACAUGGAAAUAAGUGAAUGGUUUUGACAGCACAACAUGAAGAGUAUGUGAGUUUGUUCCAUGAACCAUUAUGCUUAUUGCUGUUAACCCUUACCGUGCUGGACAUGUCUGAUUCUGCCUUUGCGACCAGUGUAGACCGAGGUCAGCCUGCACAUCUGUGCAGUCUGAUCAUGGUCUGCACUGUUCGCUAUUCAGUCAGUAAAUUUUCAGUAAACACCCCUUGAAAUGAUAAAUGGUACUGUCCAGAUUGGAAGAUGGACCAGUCCAUUAUAGAAAUAUAGCAUGGUAAGGGUUAAGAAUUCUGAACAUCAAACUUUAUGAGAAUCUUUUUGUAAUUUACAGAAAAAAAAAAAUCAAAAUUUAUUAUCCCAUUUUGUAGGUGUGCUUGACUUACUCAUACAAACAAAAUUUCAUUCAGUUCCAUAAAUACAGCAUUUGUAGAAAAAUCAUCAGUAGGUUAAAAUUCAAUCAGACAUAAAGAUGUCUUUGUCAUUUAGAAUCAUAUCAUGAUUUGAAUUUAUUAAGAAUAUGUUCAUUUUAGAAUUGCCUGACAUUAAGAAAACCAAUGUUGAAUCUCGCCAAAAGGUCAUACUUCUUAUUGUAAUGCAUUAUGGGCAAUUUAUAUUUUAUGAUAUAAAAAGUCUGUACAUUUGUGUACUUUUGUGUACUUGACUCGCAUUAAAUGUAUUAUUGAAUCAUCCAAAAAAAAAAACAAACAAAAUUGUUGAAUCAUAGAUUGUUGGUAAAGCAUUCAGUGGUGUAGUAUGGCCAGAUUUUACCCUUAUGUUAUAUAUGAGCAGACUAGUACAAGUUUAUAUCAGUAUGAGAAGAGAAAAUUAUUAUUGUAUUAUAUUAUGUAUUUCAACAUUUUUCAAGGAUUGUUAAACAGAGAUGUGCAAUAAAACAUAUUCCCCAG